AAAAAGAGGCACGUUCAAAGGACAGUGCUAAAGGAUACUCUGAGGCAAAAAUCUUUUCAUGGAUUAGUCGAAUUCUGAAUACUGUUUAUCUAAUUGCUGUAUCUUUUGGGAGUUUGACACUUGUGGCUUAAGCGAUCUGUCUGAAGUGAGGGCGCAUUAGUCUGUAAAACUCUUUCUUCACAGGUUAAGAGGCUUUGUGAGUGGCGGAAUAAUGUCACUCCACGUCCCUGACAAGAGCUCUCAGUAACCCUUGUGCAAAAGAACAGGAUGUUGGCAGCUGAACUGUUAAACCUGUCUCUGAUUAUUAUUCCUUUAGAUCACGCUGAUGUCACCAGAGUAAUUUGAGCCCAGAGUCUUCUCCCUGCCUUUAAAUAGCAGCUUCGGGAUGAGUUUUCUCCAGCCUCUUUAGGAGAGCCUAAUCUGGCAACAACUCUUAUAGACAAAAGCUACGAAAAGACACCAAUUCUCUUCAUCCACCAUGUCUACUUCGCUGAGAGUGAGCCCAUCAGUCCAUGGGUACCACUUUGACACCGCUGCCCGAAAGAAAGCCGUGGGCAAUAUCUUCGAAAACAUAGACCAAGAAUCCCUCCAGAGGCUGUUCAAAAACUCUGGGGACAAGAAAGCCGAGGAGAGAGCCAAGAUCAUCUUCUCUAACGACCAAGAUCUGGAAGAGAAGACCAGAGCUCUUAUGGCCCUGAAGAAGAGGACCAAAGACAAGCUGUUUCAAUUUCUGAAACUCCGGAAAUAUUCGAUCAAAGUUCACUGAAAAGUUCAGCAGGAGAGGAUGGCUGAAAGGACGAGAACAUUUAAGGAAUAAAACUGCGUCUGUGAAAUCCUGCCAAAAUGCCUCCUGCAGCUGCCUGUCAGCCUCGGGUAAGGACCUCCAAGUCUGAGAUCAAACUGGCUGUAAUUGACUCAAACCUAUAUUCACCCACUGAAAAGUUUGCCGGGAAAGGAGGCUGAAGCACUCCUGGCAGCCAUGAGCAAUUCUCCCAGUGGGGAAGGAUUGUUGCGGGUGUCCAGGGGCAAGGAAGACUCUGCCGGGAGUCAAGCCGGUAACAGCUGGAGACAGCAGGAAGAGGUAUCUAUCCGAUGUCACUCGGACAGACCCCCUGGGGCAAAGAACUGAGCUUCAAUAUGAACUUUUUUUUCUUACGAGCCAGGGGGGAAGAUUGAAUGCCACACAUGUUUACAGAACUUUUUGUUGAAUUUUGAAAAAAAAAAUGCUUCCAAGUCUCAAAGCUUUCUGUUGGAAUGGACGUUAGAAGAUCAGCAAUUGAUCGUUUUUUUGCAUUUAUUAAAAUGCCUUAAAAAGUACACACCACACGGGUGUGAGCAGAAACUCAAGGGACUGCCUAAAAUGGCUUCCUCAGAACUGUGCAAUUGUGUCUUGCUCUUCUGAUUUAUAAAGUGCUUUUUAAAAAAUACAUAUAUAUGUUUCAUACUGGUUGCACAAAAGUUAAAAUAAUUGAAGGGAAGUACUGUGAAAGUCUGUUACAGAUUGAAAAGAAAAUUUUAACUGAUACUAAACUUUGCCAUGAUUAAGGUUUCAUAAGUACUGCAUUUUAAUAUUAGCAUUUGAUAAUUACACUCAAAAUAUUUUAUAAAGAUGCAAUAGUUUAUAUAAUUUAUUGUAUGUGGAAAGUGACCUGCAACCAUAAUAAAUUAUUGUAAAUGUA